GGGGCGGAGCGAUGGAGGGAUGGACAUAAUUUGCGAGCUUUGGGGGAUCAGGAUCGACCCUCCGUCGUUCGAGAACUUAAAGGCGUGUUGUGUGAAGAAGAGAAAAGUACAAUUGGUAUGAUAGUGGCCCCUAAAGUUACUUUUACAGAUGAAGCGAUCGAUUGUGCCAAGAUACCCGCAAAUCCAAACAUAAUAUCAUCUUAA